GCUGUUAUUCUAAUCAUUGUCUUGAGUUUAGCAAUGUACCUUGUGAUCAUCCUUAACAAUUAUACACUUAUGCAUAUAGUUUUUAGAAUAUUAUCUUAAUUAAGUUUUCUUUAGUCAUUUAAAUAUAUCGGCUUUGCUGGACUUGUCUGAGCUGGGCAUCUCUUUCAGACUAGCUUUCACAAACCUUGAAUCACAUUGGCUUAGAGCACUGGGAUUUCAGAUUUGGUUUGGCAUGCCCCAAAACCCCCAAGUCCAACACCAACAACAUCAACAAACACCUUUGGUUUCUGUGUGAAAGAGGGAUUCUUAAAUUCUUCCCAAGUUACAUUAUUAUAUAUUUCUGUGAUGUGUUGCUUGCGGUAUAUACUGAUGGGGAAUGUGAAGGCAAGCUAGAUCAUAUUCCAUCAACCAAAGCUGUUGCCUUUACUUGAAACAGUACUACUUUCCUUCUUUUCUUUGGGUUUCUGCUUCUUCUUCUCCUUCUCCUUCUCCUUCUUCUUCAAAAGGAACAGAAUGAAGCUGUAAGAUCUUCUCAUCAGCUCUUGAAGACUUUGAAUCUCUUACAGUCAUACUUCAGAUAAAUCAUUGUCGAUCGGAUAGAGUUCAAGUAGUAUAGAAAGACGAGUUAAGCUUCAAUGGAGAAGCUUAUAAAUCCAUAUGAUAAGGAGUGCAUGAGGAUGGCCAUUUUGAAGCAUGAAGAGAUAUUCAAGGAGCAGGUAUAUGAGCUUCAUAGGCUAUACCACAUCCAAAAAUUAUUGAUGAACAGUUCAAUAGGUAACAGCAGGCCUAAAGGAAACAAAAGAGAAAACUGGGAUUUGCAGAAUGAGCUGCACAGAAAGCUAGAUUUAGAACAGCCUGCAGAAGCAGCUGAAGAGUUGGAGGUCAUAGAUGAGAGUGAGAUUGAGUUGACUCUAGGACCCACAAGAUACAGCAAAAACAGAAGGAAGAAAUCAGAAGCACAACUAACUUCAGAUUCAGGGCUAAGUUUCUCUUCUUCUUCUACUGGAUCAAGCUAUGUGAACAGAACAAGUUCAAGGACUCGUUACCAGAGGAGGAGUAAAGAGCAAUUGGGUGGGUGUGAAGAGCAAUUGAGACAGGAUGAGAGGCUUAAAAUGCCUCCUUGGUUUUUCCAAGUUUUGAGCUUGAACAUGACUUGAUCAGAAGUAUUAUGAUCUUCUAGGUUGAUAUGAUGUGAUUUUAGACCUCUUCUUAUUGACUAAUUUGUGAUGGAUGUUGUGGAUUCUAAGUUAGUGGUUUGCUAGUGUGAUUUCUAAUGGAGUUUUUGUAUAAAGAUUAGUAAUUUGUCUGCAUUGCUUUGUUCUUGUUUCUAAAAGAGCA